AUGCUUCGUUUGCUGGUUUUCUCGGUUCUCGUUGCUACAGGUCUCGGGUACCGUCUAACGGAGUACACAGGCAAGCGCUGCACAAAAGCUGAAGCUGGAUUUCAUCGGCUUGCAGGAGCUACUGCGUGCAAUAAAAUCAAUUAUACCGAUGCAAAGUCAAUACUAGUGAAGGUUGACAAUGUCUAUGACGACCAACACUCAGUUAUAGUGUACGAAAAUGACGACUGCACUGGAUCCAUCCUCGGAGUCCUCGAGAAUAUGAACGGCUGCUUGAACCUCCAUGGGCUUAACAACGUCGUCGGCAGAUCUGUAAAGAUUAUAUCCGGUACUGUGGAAUCCACAGUGUUUGCGAAUGAAGGGUUUGAGACCAAUUACCUAUACAAUCUUCCUGCGCAGGAUAGAAGCCAUAUCAUGGUCCCUAUUGCCCAUGCUUUCUUCCGCACGGUUGGCAUAACCAAUCACGCGGACGACGGUACCUACGACGACGAAGCCUUUGACAUUUUCAUCACUACUGAGCUUGAUCAUGUCCUCCGCUUAGAGAGCAACGGCGUAAUGCCUCUCGCAGAACCCGACAUUACAGAAUCAGACAGCUCAACAUCCAUCCAUCUCGAAAGGGCCGAUCUACUCAAGCGGAUAUCAGGAGGGAUGGAAGGGCUCGAGGCAGUAGCGAAUUCGUUCGCGAUGCAAGUUUCAGAGACAAUGAGGGAAGUGGAGAAUACAUUCAAACGUGCCGCCGAGCGAGCAUCGAGCAGGGGAGAUUUUGACUUCUUGCACUCCCAUAAGAAUCAGGGACGUCUGGUCAGGAGAUUGAUUGAUUCGGCUCAGUCGCAGGGCCUUACCAACGCGCAAUGGAAUUGGAAAGAUAAGUGUGGCAGGACAUGGGAGGUAACACUCAAGAUGAGAGAUCAUAAUGAGAAUGAGGGCGGGUCAUUAUGGGGUUGGUAG